AUGAAAAAUUUUCAAAUUCGCGCCAUUUUCAAGUUGAAAUUGGGUGAAAAGCGGGGAAACAGCUCAAAACUUAAUCGUAUCUUCGGCAUUUUUGAAGAGGCUGGAGGAGGAGCCCUAGAAGACCCAACCACUGGACAUCUAACAGAUUCGGAUAAGGAAUCACCCCUUCGACGAGUAAACACAGCGCGUGCUCGACCGACAGAAAGAAACGGUGUCCCACCAAUGGACAAACAACAAACGCUUCCCAUUCUAGCAAUACCAAUGAAUCUUGGAGAUCUCAAAAGAAAUCGAUCCCUACGAAUAAAGUCGCCAAAAGUAGAGAAAGAAAAGGAACAAUUGGAUAGACGACCAUCUGAUGAUUCGUGUAAACUUAGCCGCAGCGCUAGUCUGAUUAAAAGGACGAAACAUCUAUCGUUGAGAAUGCGCCGACAUGGUGAUAAAGUUGGUGAUGACGAGAUUGUUGAUGAAAGCGAUUGCAAGAUUCAAUAA